AUGAAGUAUGUAGGAAACCGACACCCGCUGGGAUCUACUCUCCUCUACCCGCCGGAUAUCUACCAGACGGACGCAAGAAGUAUCUGCCCGAUACGAAAGUACAUCCGCGGCCUAUCCGCAAACUCACAGUACACAGGCAGCGCAGCGCAGCGCACUCGGGCCGUUUUCAACCCUCAGCGCCAAUCAAAGCAAGAGGAACGAGGUGGAUGGCAUCCAGGCGGAAAAGCGAAGAAGCGCCCGCGAAGACGCACCGUCCGCCACCGUGCGAAUUUCGAACUCCAGGUUCGGGUUAGUCGGGAGGAUGCCUAUUGCGUCUGGUAG